CCGCCGCCCCUCCCUCCGCGCGGGGACCCCUGGCGGGUGGCGCGUGGACAUGGCCAGCGACGCCGUGCAGUCCUGCUGAUGGCCUGCCAGCCUUGCCGAGGAGCUGGGCGGAUCUGGUGUUGCCGAUCACACAAGAGUGAACCACGUGGCUGGUCCCUGUUGGAGCAGCUGGGCCUAGCAGGUGCAGACCUGGCAGCCCCUGGGGUGCAGCAGCAGCUGGAACUCGAACGGGAGCGUCUGCGGCGGGAGAUCCGCAAGGAGCUGAAGUUGAAGGAGGGUGCUGAGAACCUGCGGCGGGCCACCACUGACCUGGGCCGCAGCCUGGGCCCCGUGGAGCUGCUGCUGCGUGGCUCCUCACGCCGCCUGGACCUGCUGCACCAGCAGUUGCAGGAGCUGCACGCCCACGUAGUGCUGCCUGACCCUGCAGCCACCCACGAUGCUCCUCAGUCCCCUGGUGCAGGUGGCCCUGCCUGCUCAGCCACCAACCUGAGCCGUGUGGCUGGCCUGGAGAAGCAACUGGCCAUUGAGCUGAAGGUGAAGCAAGGGGCGGAAAACAUGAUCCAGACAUACAGCAACGGAAGCACCAAGGACCGGAAGCUGCUGCUGACAGCCCAGCAGAUGCUGCAGGACAGUAAGACCAAGAUCGACAUCAUCCGCAUGCAGCUCCGCCGGGCAUUACAGGCGGGCCAGCUUGAGAACCCGGUGACCCCAGAUGAAGCCCAAGGGAGCCCAGACCUGGGAGCCGUGGAGCUGCGUAUUGAGGAGCUGCGACACCACUUCCGAGUGGAACAUGCCGUGGCAGAGGGCGCUAAGAAUGUGCUCCGUUUGCUCAGCGCUGCCAAGGCCCCAGACCGCAAGGCCGUCAGCGAGGCCCAGGAGAAGCUGACCGAGUCAAACCAGAAGCUGGGGCUCCUUCGGGAGGCACUGGAGCGGCGCCUAGGGGAACUGCCAGCCGACCACCCCAAGGGGCGGCUGCUACGUGAGGAGCUUGCUGCAGCCUCCUCUCCAGCCUUCAGUGCGCGCCUGGCUGGGCCUUUCCCUGCUACUCACUACAGCACUCUGUGCAAGCCUGCCCCGCUCACAGGUACCCUGAAGGUACGCAUGGUUGGCUGCAGAGAUCUUCCAGAGACCAUCCCCUGGAAUCCCUCACCCUCGGUGGGGGCACCUGGGACCCCUGACAGCCGUACCCCCUUCCUGAGCCGUCCAGCCCGGGGCCUUUACAGUCGGAGUGGAAGUCUGAGUGGCCGGAGCAGCCUUAAACCUGAAGCUGAGAGCUCCAGUGAAGUUAGCACUGUACUCAAGCUGGAUAACACAGUGGUGGGGCAGACGUCUUGGAAGCCAUGUGGCCCCAACGCCUGGGACCAGAGCUUUACUCUGGAGCUGGAGAGGGCACGAGAACUGGAGUUAGCAGUGUUCUGGCGGGACCAGCGGGGCCUGUGUGCCCUCAAAUUCCUGAAGUUGGAGGAUUUCUUGGACAAUGAGAGGCAUGAGGUGCAGUUGGAUAUGGAACCACAGGGCUGCCUGAUAGCCGAGGUCACCUUCCAUAACCCUGUCAUCGAAAGGAUACCCCGGCUCAGACGGCAAAAGAUCUUCUCCAAGCAGCAAGGGAAGGCCUUCCAGCGCGCUAGACAGAUGAACAUUGAUGUUGCCACGUGGGUGCGACUGCUGCGGAGGCUCAUCCCCAACACCACAGCCACAGGCACCUUCAGUCCUGGGGCUUCUUCAGGACCUGAGGCCCGGCCCAUGGGCGACAUAUCCGUGGAGAAGCUGAACCUUGGGGUUGAUUCUGAUAGCUCACCCCAGAAGAGCCCUCUGGAUCCUCUUUCCAGUGCAUUGAGCCCAAGUUCCCCCAUCCAGGAAACUACCACCACUCCAAAGCUGUCUCCAGAGACAAAGGAGAUCCCAGGCCCCGCCCUAUGCAGUCCUCUGAGGAAGUCACCACUGACCCUUGAAGAUUUCAAAUUUCUGGCAGUGCUGGGCCGGGGUCACUUCGGGAAGGUGCUGCUCUCAGAAUUCCGGUCCAGUGGGGAGCUGUUUGCCAUCAAGGCUUUGAAGAAAGGAGACAUUGUGGCCCGAGACGAGGUGGAGAGCCUGAUGUGUGAGAAGAGGAUUUUGGCUGCAGUGACCAGUGCAGGACAUCCCUUCCUGGUGAACCUGUUUGGCUGUUUCCAGACACCAGAGCACGUGUGCUUCGUGAUGGAAUACUCUGCUGGAGGCGACCUGAUGCUACACAUCCACAGCGAUGUGUUCUCUGAGCCCCGAGCUAUCUUUUAUUCUGCCUGUGUGGUGCUGGGGCUGCAGUUUCUCCAUGAACACAAGAUUGUGUACAGGGACCUGAAGUUGGACAAUUUGCUCCUGGACACUGAGGGCUAUGUCAAGAUUGCUGACUUUGGCCUCUGCAAAGAGGGAAUGGGCUAUGGGGACCGGACCAGCACGUUCUGCGGGACCCCAGAGUUCCUGGCACCAGAGGUGCUGACAGACACGUCCUACACGAGGGCAGUGGACUGGUGGGGGCUGGGCGUGCUGCUCUAUGAGAUGCUGGUUGGUGAGUCCCCGUUCCCAGGGGAUGAUGAAGAGGAGGUAUUUGACAGCAUUGUCAACGAUGAGGUUCGUUAUCCUCGCUUCCUGUCAGCUGAAGCUAUUGGCAUCAUGCGCAGGCUGCUGCGCCGGAAUCCAGAACGCAGGUUGGGUUCCAGUGAGAGGGAUGCAGAGGAUGUGAAAAAACAGCCUUUCUUCAGGACCCUGGGCUGGGACGCCCUGCUGGCCCGUCGCCUGCCUCCGCCCUUCGUGCCCACAGUGUCAAGCCGCACAGAUGUCAGCAACUUUGACGAAGAGUUCACAGGGGAGGCCCCCACGCUGACCCCACCACGGGACGCUCGGCCCCUCACGGCCACCGAGCAAGCGGCCUUCCAGGACUUCGACUUCGUGGCUGGGGGCUGCUAGUCUCUUCUUGUCCCCGGACCGCCCCAACCUAGCUCUUAGUAGUUUUUAAAAAGGCCUUUGGGAUUUGCC